CAAAUCCUUUAACAAGCCAGAGCCCAGAGAAUAAAAUAAGGGCGGCUUUUGCGUACUUCUUCUGCAACCACGUCUUCACCUUCCCGACUGAAGCACACUCCUCCGUUAUUGCUUAUCCCAUAUACCCUGCUUCACAAACUUAACUUUCCAUAGCCUUGGUUCCAGUUAGACAAACUAGAUUGUAUCAAUGGGCUUCGUUCUAAUCAUGCUGUCGAUCAUGGAGCUGUUGGUGAAAUCGUCGUCCAAGGCCAUCAGUCGAGCUGACUUUCCAGAUGGAUUUGUCUUUGGAACUGCUUCUUCUGCUUAUCAGUUUGAAGGAGCUGUAAAUGAAGGGAAUAAAGGAGCCAGUAUAUGGGAUACCUUCACUAGGCGACCAGGGAGGAUUAUGGACUUCAGCAACGCAGACGUGGCUGUUGAUCAAUAUCACCGAUUCAAGACGGACGUGGACCUAAUGAAGAACAUUGGAAUGGAUGCUUACAGAUUCUCAAUAUCAUGGUCACGGAUAUUCCCUGAGGGAAGUGGAGAACUCAAUACAGAAGGAAUAAAAUACUACAAUAACCUCAUUGACUCUCUUCUAGAAAAAGGAAUACAACCAUAUGUCACCCUAUACCACUGGGAUCUUCCACAGGCGCUUGAAGAUAAAUACAAUGGAUGGUUGAGCAGAAAAAUAGUAAAAGACUUUGAGAAUUUUGCGUUUACCUGCUUCCAAGCUUUCGGUGAUAGAGUGAAGCAGUGGAUUACUUUCAAUGAGCCUCAUGGGUUCUCACUCCAAGGUUAUGACACAGGACUUCAAGCUCCAGGGAGAUGUUCCAUUCUCGGCCACUUGUUCUGCAAGAAGGGAAAAUCAUCCAUUGAACCAUAUAUAGUUGCUCACAAUAUCCUCUUAUCUCAUGCCACUGUCUUUCAUACUUACCAGCUUCAUUUCAAGGAAAAACAAGGAGGCUUUAUUGGUAUAGCACUUGAUGCCAAAUGGUAUGAGCCAAUAUCUGAUGCUGAUGAGGAUAAGUAUGCUGCACAAAGAGCUAUGGACUUCGGGAUUGGAUGGUUUCUUGAUCCCCUUUUCUUCGGGAAAUAUCCUCUUUCAAUGCAGAAUCUUGUGAAGCACAGGCUUCCUGAAAUCACAUCUGAGAUGUCCAAACUUUUGGUAGGUUCAUUGGAUUUUAUUGGCCUAAAUCAUUAUACCACAUUAUAUGCUCACAACGAUCAGAUUCGAAUCCGUAAACUAGUAUUGCAGGAUGCUUCAUCUGAUGCUGCUGUUAUUACAACAUCUUCUCGAGGUGGAAUUGCAAUUGGAGAGACAGCUGCAUCUCACUGGCUGCAUAUUGUUCCAUGGGGUAUUCGCAAGUUAGCAAGAUACGUAAAAGAUAAAUAUGGGAAUCCACCUGUCUUUAUAACUGAAAAUGGUAUGGAUGAUCCAAACAAACCUUUCAUGGCCUUGAGCACAGCUUUACAGGAUAAUAAGAGGAUAAGCUACCAUAGGGACUACCUGUCGAACUUAUCUGCUGCUAUAAGGCAAGAUGGCUGUGAUGUACGUGGUUAUUUCAUAUGGUCAUUACUUGACAACUGGGAAUGGAACUCAGGCUACACAGUCCGAUUUGGCCUGUACUAUAUAGACUACAAGAACAACCUUACAAGGAUCCCCAAGGCUUCUGUUCAGUGGUUUAAAAGUUUUCUUGGUCAGAAUGAAAUGUUAUCUGAGUAACCAAUUUUCACUAAUCUCUAACAUUUUGCAGUAACCAUAUGUUGUACCAUUUAUGAUCCAUAUGACAUAUGACAUGUUGUAUAAGAUGACAAAUACAGAUUCUAUGUAGACAUGUUGUUGGAUCUGCUCUCAUUCAAUUCUAAUUUGAUGUAUAAAAAUUGGUAAUCAUUAGAUGUGUAAAUGCAGACCCAUGAUUAGCAUA